AGUUCGUCAGUCGAAGUAUUCGGUGCUGAUGUUGCGCUGGUCAGUCAUAUCGCUGACUGAUACUCACCGUAUCGCUUCACAUAUUGAAUAGCAACUUGGGAGCGAAGUGGUGGUGGUGGUGGUUGACUGAGCUCCGUCAGGAGAGGAGUAGGAGGAGGAGGAGGAGGGGAGAAAACUUGAGCUAACUUGGAACGUGGCCCGAAGAAUGCUCCUAUCAACAUGGCCUCAUUCCUCCUUGACAAAUAACGGAGGGAAAACGCCUGAGAGAGAAAACCCAAGCCAAUCUGGAGUUGGUGCACUGGAAACCAGACAAGCGUUACCAUCCCGCUAACUGGGAACGUUUUGAGGACAUAAUUCUACAGGAAAUUGGUUUAAUUUGUAUGAAGGUGUAGAUUUGACAGGCGGCAGGACACAAGGCCACAUAUGAAGAACUCAGAGGAAUCUCUUGCUAUUCGCAGCCAAACGUGUGGCAGUGAGCCACCGGGAAGCCUGGAUAAACCAUGUUUAUCCGAAUGGACCACUUUGGUAUGGCCUCACAAGUUUUGGUCUGCCCACCACACGUUUAUCAAACUCAGACAAGUGCCUUUUGUAGUGUGAAGAAACUGAAAGUAGAACCAAGCAGUUGCGUGUCCCACGACAGAGCUUUCCCUCGGACCUAUGUGAACGGCAGGAACCUCGGUAUCGCUCACCCAUCGCAUCACGUGGUUAGCUCCUCCUUCCAGCCGAAGAGCCAGCGGGGGAGACCGUGUGGUCAGAGCUUCCUGGUGCCCGCGAGUGCGGUCGCUUUGAGCACUUCGGGGGCCAGGGCAGCGCGGGCACAGCUACAGCCUGUGGGGGUGGCAGCAGCGGAGGGAGGGAGGCCGGCGGGCAGUCUGACCUUGCUGGAUAGCUACCAGAGAUGCGGGCUGAAGAGGAAGAGUGAAGAGCUUGACAACCGAGGUAGCGCCAUGCAGAUUGUGGACGAGCUGUCUAUGGGGCCGGCGAUGUUGCAGACCAAUGCUGGGAACCCGGUCACUGUGGUCAACACCGCCAGCACCUCGAAGCAGAACAGCGCCAGUGGAGACGGCGAGUACCAUCUCAUGCAGCACGAAGUGCUGUGCUCCAUGAAGAGCACUUACGAGGUCCUUGACUUCCUCGGACGUGGGACCUUUGGCCAGGUGGUCAAAUGUUGGAAGAGGGGGACAAACGAGAUCGUGGCCAUCAAAAUCCUAAAGAACCACCCCUCCUACGCCCGGCAGGGACAGAUCGAGGUGAGCAUCCUGGCUCGUUUGAGCAGCGAAAACGCCGAUGAGUUUAACUUUGUGCGCGCCUACGAGUGCUUCCAGCACCGGAACCACACGUGCUUAGUCUUCGAGAUGCUGGAACAGAACUUGUACGACUUUCUCAAGCAGAACAAGUUCAGCCCCCUGCCCCUGAAGGUGAUCAGGCCCAUUCUGCAGCAAGUGGCCACUGCACUGAAUAAACUGAAGAGCCUCGGCUUAAUCCACGCGGACCUCAAACCGGAGAAUAUCAUGCUGGUCGAUCCCAUUCGCCAGCCGUACAGAGUGAAAGUAAUCGACUUUGGGUCAGCCAGCCACGUCUCCAAAGCCGUGUGUUCCACUUACUUACAGUCACGGUACUACAGAGCGCCAGAGAUUAUUUUGGGCUUGCCGUUUUGUGAAGCCAUCGACAUGUGGUCGCUGGGGUGUGUGAUUGCUGAGCUGUUUCUUGGCUGGCCCCUGUACCCAGGAGCACUGGAAUAUGACCAGAUACGUUAUAUUUCACAAACACAAGGGUUGCCGGGUGAUCACCUGUUGAACGUGGGGACAAAGACGUCGCGGUUCUUCUCUCGCGAGAUGGACACAGCGUAUUCAGGGUGGAGGAUGAAGACACCGGAUGAGCACGAGGCAGAGACAGGAAUGAAGUCGAAGGAAGCCAGAAAGUAUAUCUUCGGUACUUUGGAUGAUAUAGCGCAUGUGAACAUGGUGAUGGAUUUGGAGGGAGGUGACUUGCUGGCGGAGAAGGCCGACCGCAGGGAGUUUGUCAGCCUGUUAAAGAAGAUGUUGCUGAUUGACGCUGAGAAAAGGAUCACUCCGGCCGAGACGAUGAACCAUCCCUUUGUAACGAUGCAGCACCAGCUCGACUUUCCUCAUAGCAACCACGUCAAGUCUUGUUUCCACAUAAUGGACGUGUGCCGGUGGAGGCCAAACAUGUUCGAUGUAAUAAACCGCAAUAAGGUGCCAUUCAUGAGACCGGGCAACGCAACAAACCUGACUGUGGCGUUUAAUAAGAUGGGCUCCGUACACAGCCAGCAUUUAGCGACGACUGGACCCUCUGUGAUGCACCCGGGGAUCCCCCUGCAGCCGGGGACCACUCCUUUCGGCUGUAACGACUCCUUUCAGCAGACCCUCAUCCUGUGCCCGCCCACACUUCAAGGAAUCCCAGCCAACCCAGGGAAAGCCGCGGGCUACUCGGUGCGAAUGGACAAUGCGGUGCCUCUAGUCACACAGCCUCUCCAGCUGCACCCUGGCAUUUUAACACAGGCCUGGUCCGGCCGGAGCCAGCAGAUCCUGGUGCCCGCCUGGCAACAGAUGACGGCCGUGGCCCCUUCCACGACAGGCCUGGCCUCCGACACUGUGGCUGGUCCACAGAGACUUGGAGACUGGGGACCGGUGCGUCCUCCGGGCAGCCAUUACAGCUCCGUCAUGUCACAGCAUCUUUUGACCAACCAGAUGACGCUGUCAGCGACUCAGCCGAUCAGCGUAGGGAUCGCUCACGUGGUCUGGUCACAGCCCUCCCCGGCCAACAAGAGGAAUAAACACUGUCAGAACAGGAGCAAUAUGAUCUAUCACACCAAUCUCCAGAACGCGGUGCCCUCAUCCCCAAAGAGCUCAGACAGACAGAAGUGCGGGGAGCCAGAGAGCUGCUUGGGCACAGAGAGCCACCUGGCCAGCGACCUCGCCAGCGACCUCACCAGCGAGGGCAUCGUCAGUGCCUGCUGCGAGGAUAUUGUGAACGCUUGUUGCGAGGAGUCUGCGGGGCAGGACCUCGACACCGAAUCCGUCGCCCACAAACAGCGACAGACCAUCAUCAUCGCCGACUCCCCGAGCCCGGCCGUCAGCGUCAUCACCAUCAGCAGCGACACCGACGAGGACGAGACGUCACAGAUCCAUUCAUUGGGAGAGUGUAAAGGUAGUCCUGACUGUGAAGCCUGUCAGAACACUCUGAACAUCGACCGGGUGUGCUCCCUCAGCAGCCCUGACAGCACUCUGAGCACCAGCUCAUCCAACUCCACUCAGUCCAGCCCCUCUCCGUGCAAGAGGCCGAACAGCAUGUCAGACGACGAACAGGAAAGUGGUUGCGACACAGUAGACGGGUCACCGGCCAGCGAGUCCUCGGAGCAGGCAGAGAGCCCGUUCCUGGAAGAGCGGUUUCUUCAGGACGCCAACGAGAACACGGAGGCCAGGAACGUCAAGGGAACGGAGAGCAUCAAACCUGCUGUGCUCACCAUGGUGGUGCCGCCCAUGAGAGUGCAGAACAAUAACUCCAUCUCCGAGACAGAUUUCAGUGAACAGGUCGCUAACACAGACACCAUGUGUCAAUCGUUAUCGAAGGGCCGAUCUUUUUCCGGGAGAAUGAACCAGCCGAUGCCUGGAGGUGGUCGACAGCAGAAGUCUGUAUCAGCAUUCCAGCAGCAGCACAUCAAUUUCGGUCAGGUUCAGCACUACGGAUCUAUGCCUCAGGAAUGGAACGGGAAUUACGGACCCAGAAGACAGCAAGCCUACAUCCCACCCACCAUCGCCAGCCACCCUUUCCCUCUCCCCCACGGGAGCCCCAACCACACUACAGCUCACGGCCACCUGGGGAGCCAGCCGGCUAUUCUCUCGUACCCCCCGUCAGGACACCUGGGGACCACAGGUCCUGUGGCCCACUUACUGGCCUCUCCAUGUACUUCAAGGCCUGUCAUGCAGCCCACAGCGUACAGUAUUUCUCAUCACAGCGGUAUCGUGCAUCAAGUCCCCGUCGGGCUCAAUCCCCGGCUGCUCCCAUCUCCGACCAUCCAUCAGAACCAAUACAAACCAAUGUUUCAUCCUCACUCCUACAUCACAGCCUCUCCGGUCUACACUGGAUUCCCGUUAAGUCCAACAAAGCUCAGCCAAUACCCCUAUAUUUGAAAAUUACCGAACAAACUGUACUAAGGCUCAAGUGAUGUUAAAAAAAAAGCAUCUGGAAUUUGAAGGAACACGUAACCAAUUAAAAUAUAAUUCCAAGCCAUGGCACAAGAAAUCGAUUUUUUUUUUUUCCGUUCUCUUUAAUUUUGUUAAAUCAUGUACACGAGACGACUGACCGACCGACUGAUGCAUUGAAAAAAAACGAAACAAGAGCUGAGCUUUUUUUUUUACCAAAAAAAAAGGCGAAACCCAGUUUGAAUGUGUGUUUUUUUGCACAUUUCUAUCAAGUACAGUUGUUGCAUCAGGUCAAAGAAUCUUUACGGUAGCCCUGAAUAAAUAAAUAAAUAAGUAAAUAAAUAAAUA